UAUUUGUUGUUUUCACAAUUUUCUAUUGCGAAUUGCCAAAUUAAUUCGUUGUUUUUUAUUUUUGGUCCACAUUCAUUACUUAAUGCGAGAGCUGUAUUUCAACUCUAUCAUAUAACUAGCUAAUUAUUCAUCUUUAUUUGUGAUUAAAUUUGGGAAAAGAAAGAUAAAUGUGGCAAAGAAUUAAUUGUAUGUUCGUAACAGCUUGUGAAAAUGUGGGUUAAACCGCAAGAAGUGUUUCUUAAAACUGCACUGUGGGACUGUGAUGAAACUACGUUGUAUUUUGUACUUCAACGAAGAAAAGGACAUGGCAAAUCAAAGGGGCUGUCUUCUCUUCUUGUAGGAACUUUAGACAGUGUAAGAGAUACUAAACCAGCGCCGUAUAGGAUAUUACAUCAAACACCUAAUUCUGAAAUUUAUUACGUAAUAUCAACCGCUUUAACGGAACAAGAAAUUAAACAGGACUGGCAGUGGCUGUUUGAAAAUGUUAGUCCAACCUUACACUCAUUUGAUACAGAGGAAGAAAUAACAGAGUUUGUGUGUUGUAAAAUUAAUUCACUUAUUGCUACAGAACAGGAGAGUUUUACUGAAGAUGAAGAUACCAUAAAUUACAAAAAUGUUGAUUAUCAUUUCCACCAAAGAUUUGGAAUGCCAAAGGAUGAAAAACUUGUCUGUUACUACUCUUGCAGCUACUGGAAAGGGAAGAUGCCACGACAGGGUUGGCUCUACCUCUCAAUGCAUUAUAUGUGUUUCUAUUCGUAUAUUUUUGGACGGAACACAACCCUUAAAAUCCGUUGGGCCGACGUCACCGAACUCGUGAAGACUAACAGCCUGGUCUUCCCCGAUUCUAUAACAGUAGUUACAAGAGAUGGGGAGCAUUAUUUUACCAUGUUAUUGAAGAAAGAUGAAACAUUCGCUCUAAUGCAACAAUUGGCUAACAUCGCUAUGAAACAGUUGAUCGACGACAAAACGGGCAACUACAAUAUAGACAAGGAUUUGUUCACAAAACUAAGCAAAAAUGUACCUAAAAAGGCAUCAUUUCUAAAGCGUGAUCUGGACGCGAAGAAACAAUCGAAUUUAUAUACUCUACGAUUUCGCUUACCUCAAGUUGAGAAAUUAGAUGGGACUGAAGAAUGUACCCUUUGGACACCAUAUAAUAAACGUCAUAAUUGGGGGAGGAUGUAUUUGUCGCAGAAUUUCAUAUGCUUCGAUAGUCGGGUAGCGAACUUGGUCAGGCUUAUAAUUCCGCUUCGGAAUGUUUACCAAGUGGAAAAGGCUGAUUCCGGUGGAACGGGUAGUUCCGGCGAGUCUGGCAGCAUUCUCAUCACCACGUCGUAUCAUACGAGCUUUCUGUUUGGAAAUAUAUCUGACAGGGACUUCAUAGUACACAAGAUAUCGGAGUUAUUGGCCAAAUUGCCCAAUGAUGUAUUCAGGGAGAAAAGCGGAAAAGCUGUGGGGGGAGAUCGCGUUGAAGGGGAAUGGACGCCACAGCCUCCACUCAUGACUCUCUUCAAGACCCACCAGACUUCCAGCAUCAAGCAAAUACAGCAGAAGAAGGAAAAGCAGUGGGAGGAUCACAUGGCUGAAGUAGGGCGUGGUGUAAGUAUGUACAGAACGGUAGAAGGAAGCGAACUGGUCGUGAAGGGUAUACCUGAAUCUCUUCGCGGAGAACUGUGGAGCGUCUUCUCAGGGUCCAUUCUUCAGAAGGUCCAAAGCAAGGGCCUGUACGAGAAGCUGGUGAAUGAGGCCCUGUCUUCGAAGAACCAGGCCAACGAUGAGAUAGAAAGAGAUCUACAUAGAUCACUUCCGGAGCAUCCGGCGUUUCAGAAUGAUGUCGGUAUAUCAGCGCUUCGUCGCGUACUCUGCGCGUACGCACUAAAGAACCCUACCAUCGGCUAUUGUCAGGCGAUGAACAUCGUGGCUUCCGUUCUCCUAAUCUAUUGCCCGGAAGAACAGGCCUUUUGGCUUCUUGCGACCAUUUGCGAGACUUUGCUUCCGGACUAUUAUAAUACUAGAGUUGUUGGUGCUUUGGUGGACCAAGGUGUUCUGGAAGAGCUGACAAAAUCACAGUUACCCGAUCUCCACGCAAAACUAGACGAACUGGGGAUGAUGAAGAUGAUCUCCUUGUCUUGGUUCUUGACCCUAUUCAUCAGCGUGAUGCCGUACGAGUGUGCCGUAAACGUCAUGGAUUGUUUCUUCUAUGAUGGCGCUAAAGUUAUUUUUCAGGUGACUUUGACCAUAUUGGACGUGAACAAGGAAAAGCUUCUCAAAUCCACUGAAGAUGGACAAGCGGUGCAAAUCCUGACCGAUUAUCUCGAAGGCAUCUUCAAUGAUGAAGCUAUGGCACUUUCCACCGAGCCAAGAAGCGCUCAUAAGACCAUAAAAAUCCAAGAGCUGGUGUACCAGUCGUACCGGAUGUACGGGGCCAACGUCAGCAGCGAGUGCAUCGAGCAUUUGAGGCUAAAGCACCGCUUGAGAGUGGUCCGCCACCUGGAGGACAGCCUCGAGAAGAACACCUUGAGGGCUCUGCAGCAGGACAAGCUGCUUGAUGCUAACGAGUUGCAGGAAUUGCUAAGCGUAAUCCGCGAAGAACUGUUUUGGGCGAAGCGGGUCCCGGCUGAGAGAUUGGAGGCUCCGUACGAGGCGUACAGACUGGACUUCGCGCAGUUCAAGACCAUAUACAUGGCCCUGUCCCCAUGGGCGAAGGGUGAUUACGCCGAGGCGAUUACGGCUAGGAUUUUUAAGCUUAUGGACCACGACGACGACGGUCUCGUGAGCGCACGCGGCCUAUCGCUCGCCAUCGGGCUGAGCACGAGAGCGGAGGCGCAGAAACGGCUGCGUGCGUUGUAUUGUGCGCAUGCGCCUCCGCUGUUAUCAAAUUUGGAGCUGAGGUCUGCGCCGUUGACGGAGGUUGAAGAAUUGGCGGACGACGCCAUUUCCUUUUUUGACAGUAUAGAGCGGCCAUCCGACUCUAUCCAGCGAUCUAUUAGUGACGCGGGUGACGGACAAAUGGACAAAUCGACAGACAGCACUUAUUCCCCGGACGAAGCCCUAGCAGCGGAGGCCAUUCGCGUGUGCGCCUUGGGGCUCCCGCCCGGGGCUUCGCCGGGAACACCCCCGCCGCCCUCGCCGCCGCCCGCCCUGCCUCGCCCGCACUUCCUGCGUCUGCUGGCCGCCCUUCACGACCUCACGCAGUACUCCACGCCCUUGUACGAGGCUGUCGCUAGAGCAGAGACUCUUCUUCUACAAUUGGGUGAAUUGAGGCACAGACCAAAUUUGGACCGAGAGAUGUCGCAAGACAGCUUGUACUUGGCGGCUGCUGCUCAGCCCUCGGCAGUCGAGCCGGAUCGAAACGGCAAUCUAGAGGAAGCGUGCGCGCAGCCGUCUCCUAGUAAAGACGAAAAAGAUCCGACCGAGGAUUGGUCCAUCACCUUGGAACAGUUCUUAGCCACAAUGUUGGCCGAGGCGGCCUUGGAGGAGUUCUUCAGCAGGCAGGUCUCGAUCUUACCACAACUGGAAGCCCUGAGGCAGAGAGAUAGGCUGCAAUCCGUCUCAUAGCCGAGUUGAAUGCUAUUUCUGAGAGCAGUGUUAUUCACAUUUCCGCAACACUAUCCGAUCUCAAAAGAUGGUUUUCUGCAAAACAUUUUGAUAGUUUGUUUUUAUUAGUAAUGUUGUUUCAAAACUAUAUUUUUUAUAUACGAAACUGUAUCGCAACAAACGCGUGUUCUGUUGAAAAAUAUAACUUCACAUUUUAUAUAUCGUUUUCCCGGGGGAACAUAGUCAGGAAAAAUAAAAGAUUUUCACAUAUAAAUAUAUAUUAAAUGAAAGCUAUUCCUAUUUGAUGCUUUAAACGUUGCUGUUAUGUAUCUAGUGUAAAUAGUAAAUACGUGAAAUAAAUUACACGACAGUAAUUUAUCGAAUUAGACGGAUGAGUAAAAGCAUUAUACGAUUGUUUCACUGUUUAAACAUAAUUACGGACGACACAGUAACCGCACAUUACGACGGUAAUGUUGACGAAUGUACAGAACGUAAUAGUUUAUUACCACUCGUUUCGAGGAAAUAUUAUGACCUUGGUGAAACAGAGAUUUAUACAUUAUUACCACUCUUUAUUUGUUUUUAAACUUACGGCAGAAUACUAUCUAUAUAUAUAUUAAACUAAAACUAGCAUUAUGUAUGCAAUAGUUUCUGUAGAAUAAAUACAUCCUCGUGAUUAUUUAUUAUAAAACGUUUUGCAAAAUAAAAUAAAACAAGGAAGGAAGUUAAAAUAAGAAAACAUCAAAACAGUCGUCGCUUUACGACUUUGUUCCCCGGGGCUCACGGUAAUUGAACAAAUUGUUAAAAUUGUUCAGAAAUAAUAAAAUAGGCAUUCGUUGCGGAAUACGGAGUAGCCCUGUUAAUAUGUACUUGUUAGUAAAUAUUAAGGUCAUUUUUUCAUUUUAAUGCUUUUCGAUUUCAAAAGUUCUUAAAAUGAAUUUAACAAAAGCAAUGUAUAUUUCUUAUUAUGAUGUUGAUACGACCAAAUUUUAUUCAUUAUUUCAUUAGAUCAUCGAAAUAUACAAAGUCGAACAUAUAAAAUAUUUGUGAAAAGUCUUAGACAAGUACAUUUAGUAAUGCAGCUUUAUUUACUUUAUUGUAUUAUCUUAUAAACACUUAAUAAAAUAAUAAGUCGCCUCUCAACAAUUAUUUACAAUUUGUUGUUCGCAACAAUGAGCUAAAAUUAAUUCACCAAGUACCGCACUAGUACUAGUUCAGUAAAUGCCUUAUAAUAUAUAUUUACUGACAUUCCGAUAUCUAGAUAAGAUUUAUUUUGUGAUAGAAAUAACAUUAUAUAAAAUGUACGCCAUAUUAGAUACAUAUAUGUUUGUUUUAUGCAUAGUACAAAAUAUGUAAACACUUAUUUCUCUUACUUAUUAUUAAAAAAUACUUUGUACAAAGAGUUUGUUCAUACUAACAGUUUAUAUUGAAUAUGUACUUUAUGAUAUAACAUUUAAGAUUUAUUUGUGAGGGAUAACUUACUCAUAAACUAACUCGAUGUUUUAACGAUGUUGUUAAACAGAAAAAUAAAUUAUAAUAAAUAGACAAAAUUUUGCAAAUGACAAUUCUGAUACCACAGAUAUAAAUUCGUUAGACAGUACUUGAACGCUCCCUAAUUGUCCCCCUGUAAUCCCCUUUGAAUUUUGGCUUUUAGAGAACAAGGGGAAAUUUAUUUACAAACACACAUCCUAGAAUCUAGAAUGGUUUUACAAAAUGUCUAGUUCACAAAUGAGGUAAAUAUUCAAGGCAUGGAUUAUUAUUUAAAAUUAUGUUAUAACUUAUAACAAAACGUUUCGGUCGCACUGAGGCAUUCCAAAAUUAACCCGAAAUAUAUGUAUAUUUAUUUAUCGUUUUUGUCAAUUUCUUCAUUCGAUUCUCGAAUAUUGAUUUUGCCAAGAGACAUCGACCGUUCGUCCCACAACUACGAUUUUACAUAUGCGUAAUUUAUGUAAAUAAAAUUGGGACGCCGAGCUUAUAAGAAUUCCUUAUACUGAACAAUAAUAUAUUAUUGUAGGGCUUCAAUAUUAUGGUGCUUACACGCUGAAAUUUCAAAUUAUUUUUGCUAGUAUUUUGUGGCACAACUUAUUUGUAUAGGUGCAAAGUAUUCAUAACGUAGAAUUGAGAUUUUCGUUAAAUUUCUAAAAUACCUAGAUUGAAAUUAACUGUUUUAAAAUUAAAGUGAGAGUUUAUUUUCGAGGUGCAAUACUUAAAAAUAAUUUCGCUUUUAUUGUUAAGUUUAAUUUACUGUAUAUACCAGGGAGUUUAACAUAGUUAUAAGCACUGAAUGUAAGCCUGAAAAUAAACAUUAUGUACAAUUA